CAAUAUUGAAGAAAUUUGAAUCAGUUGCAAACGAGUUCUCAGUGCGUUACGACGACAACCUAAAAACGCGCUGUGUUUGAGAAAAAAAAAUUGGUUACAAAACUAAACAGAAAAAAAAUUAAAACAGUUAAAAAAACUACUAAAAUUGUUACAUUUUCGAAUACGGAUUGUGAAAAUAAUAAAAUACAAAACAAUUAAUAUUGUUGCACUUUUUAAAGGAAUUAAACAAAAUAUUAUAAAAAAAACAAUUUAAAAUAAAUUUUUUUUAAACAGUAAUUUGUGUUUUUAAAAUUAACAAGAAAAAAAUAUACAAUAUAAAUUCCCCUAAAUACUUGGCUAUGAGCUUAUUAACAAACUAAUUUUGUGAAAUUUUCUUAUAAAAAAUUGUUAUAAAAACAAAACUCCAUAAAAAUAAUUUCACCCUACAAAGUGUGAAAAGUAAUGAGUUUACCCAGUGGUGUUGAUAUGCAAAAUCUCAUGUCUCAACAUCCAGUUUUAGGUGCUUUGCCACCGGCAUUCUUUUUACGUGCCGCUUCCGAACGUUAUCAGCGAACUCCCAAAUGUGCCCGCUGUCGAAAUCAUGGAGUGGUCAGCGCUUUAAAGGGCCACAAACGUUAUUGCAGAUGGCGCGAUUGUCUAUGUGCUAAAUGCACUUUAAUUGCUGAACGCCAACGGGUCAUGGCAGCACAGGUUGCCCUACGUCGCCAACAAGCUCAAGAGGAAAACGAAGCCCGAGAAUUAGGAUUGUUAUAUACGAGCGUACCACCACGUGUGCCAUCACAAAAUACCAAUGAGAAUACAACCACGGCCACAACAUCACAACUAUCACCACAACAGACAUCGGCCAAUGGAGUAUUUCAUGCAGGCAUACCUUCGCCCCCCAGUGAUGGACUUGAUUCCACAAACAAUUCAACACAUCAUCAUACCCGUAUGCCCUUUAGCAAUGGCAAUUCAGGGGAUUCAGAUUCAGAAAUGCGCAUAAGAGCAGAAAGAUUAUCAAUGGGUUUCUCACCCGAUCGUACGGAAGUAGAAAGUCCUGGCUCCAAACGUGCUCGCCUCUCUAAUGAAACCGAUCAAGAUACCGGCUCAGAAUCUGCCCCCAGCAGUCCACAUCCUAAAGGCUCCAGUUAUAACAACAAUGGCAAUCUCUCACCUGCACGCACUGGACCACCAAGUUCCCCUGAAUCCGAUUUGGAUGUAGAUUCAGCUCCAGAUGAGGCUACUCCUGAAAAUCUUAGUCUGAAGAAAGAAGAUUCCACCUCACCUCCGCAUACGCCCUCCAAUGACAGCAUGCAUAUGUUGAGAUCUUUUAGCAAUGGCAAUGCUCAAGGUUUUAUGCCCUAUCAUCAUACACAGUUCUUAGCAGCGGCCGCAGCCAGUGCUCAUUCACAUGCCCAACAUGCUCAACACUCGCCUCAUCAUCCUCAACAGCCACAAAUGCCACCACAACAUCCCUCGGCCAGCCAACAACAACGUUCUCCAGUCGAUGUGCUUAUGCGUGUGUUUCCCAAUCGCCGAAGAAGUGAUGUAGAACAAUUAUUGCAGCGUUAUCGAGGAGAUGUUUUGCAAACCAUGGAAGCCAUGAUUUCGGGAGAGGACAUUCUAACAAGUUCCACAAACUCACCUCCCAAUGUACCACCUUCACCACCAUUUCCUUUGAAAUCAGCUUUCUCACCUUUAGUUCCUCCGGCUGCUGUUUUCGGUUCACCCACCCACAGAUAUCCUCCAUUUAUGCAAGCCCACGCUAAACGUUUCUUAACAGCACCCUAUGCCGGUACCGGCUAUUUGCCGGGUGUUAUAAAUCCAGCAGAUGUUGAACAGUCUGAAUCGAAUGGUGGUGCGUCAGUGGAUCGUAAUAGCAAUGCUGGAGAUUCACAAGAUUGAGAUUUCGGUUUAGCCGGUGGUGAGCACAACGGCAUGUUUAGACCAUUUGAGUAGCGCUGGCGCAAUUUGGAUUCGGACUAAGUUAUCCACAAUGAAACCGAUACCAUACAUGAAUGACAAGCUGUACAUAAUCAUAAUUAAGACUCACAGACAAAUUAUUUAGGGAACUUAAUAUUUUAUAGGACAAAUUGUGUAAAAGAAGAAGUAUUUGCAAAGUGGAUGGAAUCUUCUCUAACUUUAGUCGAUCAUAAAUAUUCUUUAGUACAUGUUACUUACUUCUAAUGUUAAAUAGUAAUUGUUGCUUAAAAAAAUAAUUAAAUAAUAAUAAUUUAGUAGAACUUCAAAAUAUACGUACAUAAAAACCUACAA